AUGGAAUUGACAUUCGAGCCGUUGAAGAAUGACCUGCUCCUGCGAGCUGCUCGCGGCGAGACGGUCGAGCGCCCGCCGUGCUGGAUCAUGCGGCAAGCCGGCCGUUACCUCCCCGAGUACCAUGAGGCCAAGGGCAAUCGCGACUUCUUUGCAUGCUGCCGCGACCCCGAGAUCGCCAGCACCCUGACCCUGCAGCCUAUCGAGCGCUUUGCCGGUCUUCUCGACGCCGCCAUCAUCUUCAGCGAUAUCCUAGUUGUUCCUCAAGCCCUCGGCAUGACCGUCGAGAUGGUCGACAAGAAGGGGCCUCACUUCCCUGAACCCCUCAAGUCCCCCACGGACGGCCAGUACGAACAGGUCAUGGCCAAGAACGUCGACGUCGCCUCCGAGCUCGACUACGUCUACAAAGCCAUCACCCUUACCCGCAAGAAGCUCGCAGGACGUGUGCCCCUGAUCGGCUUUUGCGGCGCUCCUUGGACGCUGUUCUGCUACAUGGUCGAGGGCGGUGGGACCAAGCUCUUCAUUCAAAGCAAGACCUGGAUCUACAGAUACCCCGAGGAGUCCAAGAAGCUGCUGCAGAAGAUUGCCGAGGUUUGCGUCGAGUACCUCGCACUGCAGGUCAAGGCUGGAGCUCAGAGCAUCAUGGUCUUCGACUCCUGGGCCGGCGAACUCGGCCCUUCGGCGUUUGAGGAGUUCAGCAAGCCCUACCUCUCGUACAUCUCCGAGAACCUGCCCAAGAAGUUGCAGGAGAUGAACCUUGAGCGCGUGCCCAUGACCGUCUUUCCCAAGGGCUGCUGGCACGCUCUCGACAAGGUUUGCGACAUCGGGUACGACGUCGUUGGGCUCGACUGGAUGCAGAGCCCUGCCGACGCCGUCAAGAUCCGCGGUGACAGGCGCAUCACGUUCCAGGGCAAUGCCGACCCCGGUGUUCUGUACGGUACUCGUGAGAACAUCACCAAGGCCGUCGAGGAGAUGGUCAGCGGCUUCUGGGGCCAGAAGAAGGGUUGGAUUGCCAACCUCGGACACGGAAUUACUCCGGGUGUCAACCCUGAGGAUCUCAGAUUUUACCUGUCCGAAAUUCACCGCUUGACGAAGAACUGA